ACCCAUCGCUUCUUCGAUCAGACGGUCAUCAACCUCCCCUUCUUUCUCACUCUCGAGCCGACUGAUCGUUCCCCGGCGUCUCGUCGCCACCACUCCUCUGCACAUUUCGGUGUGAUGGAGAUGGGGUACGACUUCAUUCUCGGCACUCCGUGGUCUCGUCGGUUCCGCAGCACCGAGUCCGAUUGGGCGACCAACACUCUCGUUCUCAAAACGAAGUGUGGACAGACGUAUCGCGUAUCUUUCAUAGGUACCACGGCGAUACCACGCCCCGAUCCUCCUCUCCCGGAGCCAUCAGUGCCCACACCAUCCCCCUCUAUCACUGUCACCUCGCCUCGGCAGUUCGCUCACUUCAUUCGACAGGACGACGUCACCUUCUUUAUGGUGGACGUGACGGAUCUCUUACAUUAUGAUCCACCCUGUCCCGACUCCGAGCUCAUCCCUCUGGAGCCAGAUCCUCCCUCUAUCUCCAUGGCUCUCAUCUCUACUUUUGUCCCUCCUCCGUCCGUCGAGUCCACCCCGUCGUCGGGCGCUGACGCUGACGCUGAGGAACUCGCACGAUAUACGGCUGACCUCGAGCCCGCAGUUCGUGACCUCAUCCGAGAGUACCACGACGUUUUCCCAUCAUCGUUCUCGUACGUCGGCAUCCCACCGAUGCGUGACGUCGAGCAUUCCAUUCAGCUUGUGCCUGACUAUCGUGUUCACCACCAGGCACCCUACCGACUCUCGAUUCCCAAGGCCACCAAACUCAAGCGUCAGUUUGAGGAGCUCCUGAGACUGGGUUUCAUUAAACCCAGCAACUCCCCGUGGGGUGCACCCGUCCUCUUUGCUCGCAAAGCGGAUGGAACUCUUUGUCUCUACAUCGGCUAUCGCGGUCUCAACCGCUACACGGUUAAGAACAACUACCCCAUGCCUCGUUCCGAUGAGCUGUUCGACCGCCUAGCAGGCAACCGCUUCUUUACGAAGAUUGAUCUUCGUAGCGCUAUUGACGAGCCUUAUAUUGACUAUUCUCCUACCAUCGCCGAGGACGGCACUGUUGAGUCUCGCUCCGGUGAUUAUACGGUAGCCUUCUACUCCCGUCAGCUCCUGCCCGCCGAGAUAAACUACACGGAUGAUGAACGUGAGGUUCUCGCAGUAGUUUAUGUCGUUCGACACUGGCGUCACUACCUGCACGGGGCACCGUUCACGGUGUGUACAGACAACUCUGUUGUCCAGGCUUUUCUGACAAAAUCGAAGCUCACUCCUCGACAGGCUCGCUGGUGGAGCGACCUAUCCGAGUUUAGUUUCACCACUGAGCACAUCAAGGGUGAAACUAAUCGGGUCGCAGAUGCCUUAUCCCGGCGCCCUGACCACGACCAGGAGCACAUCCAACUCUCUUCCAUCUCGGUCACCACCGUCCACCACUCGGUGAUCGACGAGUUUCGCACUCAGUACCGCCACUGCCCUGACUAUCGCGACAUCCACGCGACCCUUCGGAGUGGCAAGACCGCCCCGAACUACUCUCUCGGGGACAACAGUCUUGUGUACUCGCACGGUUCACAGGGCACCAGAGAGCCCCGUAUUUGCGUUCCCUCCACUAGACAGCUACGUGUCCGAGCAGUAGCAGAGUUUUAUGACCAGGCAGUUGUCGAUCAUAUGGGCUUCCACAAGACGUUGGCUUGUGUGAGCCGCCUGUACGUCUGGCCGAAGCGCAAGGACUCUGUGAAGGACUACGUCGCAGAGUGUCCGACCUGUCAGGAGGUGAACAGUGCGAACCACUUGCCUUAUGGUUUGCUUCAGCCUCUUCCUAUCCCUGAGGGUCGUUGGCAGUCCAUCUCAAUGGACUUUAUCGGUCCUCUUCGUCCUCCGACCCCUCGCGGUCACGAUGCUAUCCUGGUCGUCGUCGACCGCUUCACGAAGCGUGCACGCUUUGUUUCGUGCCGCUAUGCCAUCAGUGCACGUGAGGUCGCCGACAUCGUGUUCGACCGAGUCACCGAGAUCACGAACAGGACUCUCGGAGAUAUCCUUCGAAAGAUUGUUCGUGACGACCAGCAGUGGGAUCUUCAUCUUGCCCACGCGGAGAUAGCCUACAACCACGCCGUCUCGCCAACCACGAGGAUGUUGCCUUACUAUUGCGACCUCGGCUAUCACCCUCGUGUUCCCGCGGACUUCCUUCGACCGUCCCAGAUGCACCCUGACACGAGUUGUCCCGCGCUGGAUGAUUGGGUUGCACACAUGACGUCGAUUAUGAAGACCGCACAUGAGCACAUAGCCGCUUCCCAGACUCGCAUGGCGGCACGUGCGAACCGAUCGAGGAUGGAUCGCCCAUUCAAGGUCCGUGAUGAUGUGCUUAUCGACGCCCGCCACUUACAGUUCGAAGCGGACACGCUUCGCAAGUUUCGGCGUCGCUUCUUUGGCCCAUGCCGCAUCCUCCAGGCCAUCGGUUCUGAUACGGCAUCUAGCCCGGUCAGCUUUCGUGUGAAGCUGCCCGACUACCUACACCAGCCUCGUGUGCAUGAUGUCUACCACGUCUCGUUAAUGCAUCUUUACCGCAGACCGUCUGAGCGUUUCGCUGAACGAUCAUACGAGUGUCCUCCACCCCUCAUGGUGGACGGCCACGAGGAGUUCCUCGUUUCAGACAUCAUUGGCCGCCGAGUCACCGACAACAACCCUCUCCACGUCAAGUAUCUCGUACAUUGGAAGGGUGACCCUGAUGAGGAGGCUUUCUGGGAGCCCCUCGAGCACUUGCAGCACGCUCGCAUGUUGGUGCGUGCCUAUGACCGUGCUCGUCGUGUUGGGUUCAGUGCUCCUCCUCAACCCACUGACCACCCUCCUUCUCCUCCGGCUGAGGAGACCGCUGAAGUCGAGCCUGCUCCAUCUGAGGCAGACCUUCACAAGCAGUCGGAUGCCUCUGAGCGUCCACAGCGCACUCGUCGUCGUCCUGCUCGAUACGACGAUUGACUCUAACUUACCUUCCCACGUCUUUGACUUCUCAGUACUCCAUCCACAUCAAUUUUACUACUUCAGCUUGUCGA